AUGUUAGCCCCUUGUUGGUGUCGCCUCCUUUCGCACCAGACUCUCCUCUGGCACCACCGCCUUGGUCACCCCUCCCUGCCACGCCUCCGUGGCAUGCACUCCCGCCUCCUUGUCUCUGGCCUUCCCAGGUCUCUGCCCCCCAUCCGGCGCACGCCUGCGCCGCCCUGCCUUCCUUGCGUCGAGGGGCGGCAGCGCGCCGCUCCUCACUCCUCCUCGUUUCCCCCGACAACUGCUCCCCUGCAGACUCUCCACCUGGACGUGUGGGGCCCAGCCCGCGUCAGUGGACAGGGCCGCGAGCGGUACUUUCUGCUGGUUGUUGACGACUACUCGCGUUACACCAUGGUCUUCCCCUUGCACAGCAAGGGGGAGGUCCCUGAUGUCUUGAUCCCUUGGAUCCGCGCUGUUCAUCUCCAGCUCCGCGAGCGGUUCCGCACGGACUUUCCUGUCCUGCGUCUGCACUCUGACAAAGGUGGUGAGUUCUCCUCCGACCUCUUGCGGGACUUUUGUCAGGGGGAGGGCAUCCUCCAGUCGUUCACGCUUCCGGCCUCCCCGCAGCAGAAUGGGAUUGGCUUAGUCAUGGAGGUCCCUCGCACCUCCAUGAUCCAUGCGGCUGCUCCCCAUUUUCUGUGGCCGUUUGCGGUCCGGUACGCUGCGCAUCAGCUCAACCUCUGGCCCCGUAUCUCCUUGCCGGAGACCUCGCCCACCCUGCGUUGGACGGGGGAGGCUGGCGAUGCGUCGCGCUUCCGGGUCUGGGGCUCUCGUGCCUUUGUCCGUGAUACCACCGCGGACAAGCUCUCCUCUCGCGCCAUUCCCUGCGUCUUCCUUGGCUUUCCCCCUGACGCGCCUGGCUGGCAGUUUUACCAUCCCACCUCGCGCCGUGUCUUCACAUCCUAG